CUUUCCUUUUCUAUUUCUUCAUUCAACUGCCCUCAAGCAGCAAACACACUCUUAAAUUCAAUGAAACUGAGACAGAUGUGUGUGUGUGUAAGAAAGUGGAAUCUUCGAAUUGAAAUUAUGCUAUUGGGUUCGGUGUGACGUGAAGUCUCAUUUUGGUGGCUUAGAACUUCAAUAAGAAAGAAAGAAAGACGGGAAGAAACAGAAAGAGGCUUUCCUCUUGGCCAAAGAAAAAGACUGGAUUCUAGUCAGAGAAAACUGUGGUGAAAAUUAGAAGAAAGAAUGCAGACCGCAUCCCAAACCUUCAUCUUAAAUUUAAGUCCACAGAUAACCAGAUUCAAGCGGAGAGUAGACGAGUUUGUUGUGUCUAGCCCGAAUAGUAGACAUUUCUGUCUUUCAUGGAAGCUUAGACAUGGCGCAGGAAAGAUUUUAAAAAGGGAACGCAUUAAAUGUCUUCCUACUGCUGGUGUAUUAUCAGAUGCCCAAAUUUCUUCUAAUCAUUUUGACGAGUUCUCCGUCGCUGUUGCUGACACAAAUAAUGCUAGAGAACUAAAGAUAAGCAUAGAGGUAUCCGGAAACAAAACUCAGAGGAUCUUUGAUGAUGUCUUUCAGAAAAUGGUUGCAGCAGCACAACCAAUCCCAGGAUUCCGAAGAGUAAAAGGAGGAAAAACGCCAGAUAUACCGAAAGAUAUUUUACUAGAAGUGCUUGGACCUUCCAAAGUUUUCAAGGAAGUUAUCAAGAAAAUAAUCAACUCAACUGUAGCUGAAUAUGUGGAGAAGGAGGGCUUGAUAGUUGGCAAGGACCUGAGAGUUGAGCAAAGCUUUGAAGAUCUUGAGACUACUUUUGAGGGAGGAGAAAAAUUCAGCUUUGAUGUUGUACUACAGCUUGAAAAAUAAAUUGAAUUACAUU